UUUCUUCCUUAAUGUGGUGCACAAGGGUGGGGAGGACAGGAGGGACAGUGACCUCCUUUGCUCCUCCCCCCUCUGCAGCCUCUUACGAGCGCUGCCUUUGCGCAUGUGCUUUGGUGCGCAACUCCCCAAAAACGACUCAGAGGGGCGGGAGUUGGGGUUGCAAAUAGUGAGACAAGAAGACAGGAAGACAGAUCGUGAGGAAAAAGGUGACAAGCCUCUACUGUGAUCUACAUUCACACCCCGGAAAGAGUUCAAGCCUGUUCCAAGAUGCAGAGAGCACAUCCACGAUCGUCCUGCUGGUGGCUGGCAUCUUUGCUGCUGCGAGUCAUCUGCACCUCAUCCUCCUCCCCUUCUUCUUCUUCUUUCUCCUCGCCCUCUUUCCCGAUAUACCAGAGACGGGGAGUCGGCGGGUCUCGGGCCGGCUCUCUGGGAACACCGCUGGUUCUGCUUGACGUCAACACACGCAGUCCCACCCGAGUGCUCAGCGAGAACUUCCUCUCGCUGCAGCUGGAUCCGUCUAUCAUCAGUGACGGCUGGCUGGUAUUCCUCAGCUCCAAGCGUCUGGUGACUUUGGCGAGAGGCCUCUCUCCAGCCUUCCUCCGCUUUGGCGGUAAAAGGACCGACUUUCUGCAGUUCAACAACCAGAAGAACCUGGCUAAAUACAGAGGACUCGGGCCCGACUACUACCUGAAGAACUACGACGACGAUAUAGUGCGAAGUGACAUUGCGAUGGACAAGCAGAACGGUUGCAAAGUGGCAAGCCACCCCGAUAUGAUGCUGCAGCUUCAACGAGAGAAGGCGGCCAGCACACAUCUCGUCCUGCUCAAGGAGCAACUGUCCAACAUGUACAGCAAUGUAACAAUAACAGCCAGAUCUUUAGACAAAUUAUACAACUUUGCCGACUGUGCUGGUCUGCACCUCAUCCUGGGCCUCAACGCACUGCACAGAAACCCUGACAACUCCUGGAACACCUCGUCCACACUCACCCUCCUCAAGUACAGCGCUGGCAAGAAAUACAACAUCUCCUGGGAGUUGGGUAACGAACCCAAUGCCUACCGCAGCAUGGUGGGCCGCGCCAUCAACAGCACCCAGCUGGCUCAGGACUACACCCAGCUGCGGACCCUGCUGCAAUCUGUGCGCUACUAUAACCGAGCUCACCUUUACGGCCCAAAUGCCGGAAGACCCCGGAGGAAUGCCAUUCUACUUCUGGACGGAUUUAUGAAAGAUGCUGGCUCUGUUAUUGAUGCAGUUACGUGGCAACACUAUUUCCAGGAUGGCGGAGUGAAAAAAGUGGAGGAUUUCUUAAAAACACGUUUAUUGAAUGCGCUGAGAGAACAGAUCACGAAAGUUGUCAAGGUGGUGAGCACGCAUGCACCUGGUAAGAAGGUGUGGCUCGGUGGACUGGGCCCAGCUUGGUCAGGAGGCAUCAAUAAUCUCUCGGACACAUUCGCUGCCGCUUUCCUGUGGGCAAACACGCUGGGCAUGGCUGCUGUUCAGGGAAUUGAUGUAGUCUUGCGUCACUCAUUCUUUGAUUAUGGAUACACGCAUCUUGUGGACCAGCAUUUUAACCCUUUACCAGAUUACUGGUUCUCCCUGGUCUUCAAACGUCUAGUGGGGCCGAGGGUCUUAGCCGUGCAGGUCGCUACAGUGCAAAAGAAGCCGCGAACAGGACGAGUCAUACGGGACAAGCUGCGCAUCUACGCCCACUGCACCAGCUACUCCAACCACAACUACAUGAGGGGCUCCAUCACCAUCUACAUCAUCAACUUACAUCGCUCGCGGAAGAAAAUCAAGUUGGCAGUUACGCUACGGAACAAUACUGUGCAUCAGUACCUGUUGCAGCCCUACGGCAACGACGGACUUAGAGCCAAACACGUACAGCUGAACGGCGAGAGGCUGUCAAUGCUGGACAACGAGACAUUCCCGGAAUUGAAGCCCAAGACUUUGCGGGCAGGACGGACGAUAGCCAUGCCUCCGAUGACCAUUGGCUUCUACGUCCUCAAGAACAUUAACGCAUACGCCUGCCGAAGAUAACAUGGGUUGACCCAUUGUUUCUAAUUCUCACUCAAAGCUCUGAACUUGACUUUCUUUUAUUGUGGACUUUUCAACCAGGAUUUGACCUCCUUCCUCAAGGGCAUAUCAGAAGUUGGAAAAUAUUGCAAGAGUGACUAACUUUUUUGAAACAGACUUCUUGGGUGGUGAUUAAUGUGAAUAGCUACCGGUUUGCAGGGCCGCCUUUACCUACUCGGAGGCCCCUUGGGCUAACCGUCGAUUUUAGCGCCCCUUCCAAACUUUAAUCAAGAGGCACAACUCAUUUUUCAACAGUGACAAAAAAAGCAACACACACGUGUAUGCUUUUCAUCAAUUUUAUAAAUAAUAAUAAAUAAGACUACAAAUCAAAAGAUUCAUGCACUAUAGUUUAAAAACAACAACUUUUUUUUCAAUCACUUGUCUGAAUUAAAAAAUUAAAAACGACAUUUUAAUUGUACAGUGAUCCCUCGCUUAUCGCAGUUAAUGGGGACCAGAACCCCCCGCGGAAAAAAGAGGAAAAUCCGCAAAGUAGGUACCCGCCCACCCCCCUGAUGGAUGUACAGGGAAAUGUACAUGUGUACGAGUAUAUAUAAUAUUUCUAAGGUUAAAUUUAAUGAUAUACAUGCAUGUAGAAGUAAAUGUUUAUAGUAAUUAACAUUACUUAAUGCUAUAUCCUAAUAUAUAUAUAUAUAUAUAUAUAUAUAUAUAUA